AUGAAAGCUGUUACAGUUGCGACUUGUAACCUCGAUCAAUGGGCGUUGGACUUUAAAGGCAAUCUUGCGAGGAUCAUUCAAUCAAUUAAGAUUGCAAAGCAGCAAGGAGCAAAGUUAAGAUUGGGACCAGAGCUAGAGAUUACAGGAUAUGGAUGUGAAGAUCACUUCUAUGAACAGGAUACACAUCUACACAGCUGGCAAUCAAUCGCCACUAUAUUGGAGGGAGAUCUAACCAAUGACAUCAUUGUAGACGUUGGUAUGCCUGUACUUCACAAGAGUGUUAGAUAUAAUUGUAGAGUGAUAAUGUAUAAUAAGAAGAUCGUAUUGAUUGUGCCAAAGAAGGCAUUGGCAAUGGAUGGUAACUACCGUGAGAACAGAUGGUUUACACCAUGGCUCAAGCCAAGGACCAUCGAGACAUUCUACCUGCCAGGCUUCAUCUUUACUCUGACUGGUCAGGAGUCAUGUCCAAUCGGAGAUGCCAUCAUAUCCACACUAGACACAGCCAUUGCCUCAGAGACAUGCGAGGAGCUCUUCUUGCCCAACUCGCCUCACAUUGAGAUGGGUUUGGACGGUGUGGAGAUCUUCACCAACGGCUCAGGCUCACAUCAUCAGCUUCGCAAGCUAUGCACUCGUGUCGAGCUGAUCAAGUCCGCCACGUCAAAGUCUGGCGGUAUCUAUCUCUAUGCCAAUCAGCAAGGAUGUGAUGGUGGUCGUCUCUACUUUGAUGGCUGCUGCAUGGUCAUGGUCAAUGGAGAAUGUGUUGCGCAGGGCAGCCAGUUCUCGUUGCGUGAUGUCGAGGUGAUCACUGCCACCAUUGAUCUGGACGAGGUCCGAUCAGCACGUGCCAGCUUCAUGAGCCGUUGCUCACAGGCCACCAUGACCAAGGAGUUCCCUCGCGUCCGCUGCCCCAUCCAAAUGGCCGUAGACGCAAGAGCCGUCCUCCCCCAUCUAAGCCCCAUCAUCCCAGUCAAGUACAUUACACCAUCCGAGGAGAUUGGUUUUGGUCCAGCCUGUUGGCUUUGGGACUAUCUGCGCAGGUCUGGUCUCAAUGGCUACUUCCUGCCAUUGUCUGGCGGUGCCGACAGUGCAGCAACUGCAGCAAUCGUUUCGAUCAUGUGUCAACUUGUUGUCACUGACAUUGCCAAUGGAGACCAGUGCGUCCUUCAAGAUGCCAGACGUAUCACUGGCGACAAAGACUACACUCCAAAGGAUCCGAGAGAAUUUGCCAGCAGGAUCUUCUUCACAGCCUACUUGGGCUCGACCAACAGCUCCAAGGAGACAAGAGAUCGCGCAGCACUCAUUUCAAAGGACGCUGGCGCAACCCACAAAGAGGUGGACAUUGACAAAGUCACAGAGGCAUUCAAUCAAACGUUCGCCACGAUCACCACAAAGACACCCAAGUUCAAGGUGCACGGAGGUACCAACCGCGAGAACCUUGCUCUCCAAAAUGUGCAGGCCAGAUCAAGAAUGGUGCUGUCCUAUCACUUGGCAACGUUGUUGCUGUGGGAGUCUGGCAGAGACGGCUCACUGCUAGUGCUAGGCAGUGCCAAUGUGGAUGAGGCACUGCGUGGAUACAUGACCAAGUAUGAUUGCUCGAGCGCAGACAUCAAUCCAAUUGGAGGCAUCUCAAAGACAGACUUGAAGUUGUUCCUCGAGUGGGCAGGCAAGAACCGCAAUCUGCCAUCACUGCUCCAGGUCAUCACAGCUACACCCACAGCAGAGUUGGAGCCAACUACAGCCGACUAUGUUCAAUCGGAUGAAGCAGACAUGGGCAUGAGCUACCAGGAGUUGAGCGUGUUUGGACGUUUGCGCAAGAUCAAUCGUUGUGGACCCGUUACAAUGUUUGAGCGAUUGGUCGCAGAGUGGUCACACCUCACACCCAACGUCGUUGCCGAGAAGGUCAAGAGAUUCUUCUACUACUACGCCAUCAACAGACAUAAGAUGACCACGAUCACACCGGCCUACCAUGCCGAGGCCUACUCUCCCGAUGACAAUCGUUAUGAUCAUCGACCAUUCCUCUACAACACCAAGUGGGAUACACAAUUCAAAGUGAUUGAUGAGCUUGUCGAGAGAUACAAUCAACACAAGGCAAACAACACCACUGCCCCAGCUACUACCUCAAGCUCAACAACAACCAAUGUUCUCCAGGUCAACUUGUAA